AUCCUGCGGACAGAAAGCCGGGGGAAGGGCUGUGCUGGGUAACAACAACGUGAGUGAGAGAGGGGCUGAUCUGAGCCGGAGUCACCGGCGGCAGCCGCCUAGGGAGCCCUGAUUGACGCAAACCUGCCAGCAGCCGCGCACUGAACACAAGGCAGAGCCACAGCCGCCGCACAAGAAGCCAGCGGCUUGCUCCAGAACAGCACAAAGAAGGCGGCGGCGGCGCGGAGCCAGCGCUCUCUGCAAGGAGAGCAGCACCGGCAUCGCCCCGGCCAGACACCAGCAGGGCUGCAGACAGCACGCGCCUCGGGGAAUAUGAGCCCGCUGCUUCCCCUGGGCAUGUCCUGGGCUCCGGGCUUGGCCACUCUGCCUCUUCUCCCAGCUGCCUAGCUCCGGGCUUGCCACCAAGAGGAGCUGCUGUUGCUGAUGGAUGCCGGGAGGUGCCGCAUUGCCUAGGUUUUUGUUUGCCCUGCGAGCUGUCUUUCCAGCCCUUUCUUCUUGCUGCUAAGUACUGUGCGUUUUGCAAAGAGAUUGAAUUCAGCUGUCCGGGAGAAGGAGAAGGAUGGGCUGGAGACCAGUCCCUCCAAGGCGGAGUGCAGUGUGUGGGAAGACCUGGCUGAGAUAAAAAAAAAAAUAGAGGGGGUGGGGAAAAUACAACAACCAGCGCCAGAUCCUGCGGGUACCAUCUGAGAUCACUGUGUAUGUAGGUGGGGAGAAGGAAAAACCCCACCCCAAGUCACAGGCAGUUUUGUCUUCUGGAGGCCUUGUCUGUGCUCAAGAGGAUCUUUAAAUAUAUACCAGCAAAGGAACGACAUGUAGCUUUUUCCUUUCCUUUCUUUUUCAAUCAAAGAAAUAUGCCUCUUAACUGUGGCAAACGUCUUAAAUAAAUGGUCCUUCUUUUGGAAAACAACCUCUCCCGGGAACUCUCAGUUUGAGGAACCACAUUUAUUUAUUUAUUUAUUUAUUCAUUAUUCUUUCUCUAGUGACUGCAGCAUCAGGGGUGAGAUCACUGUUUGCAUGGGGGAGGGAUACAAACCUUCUCCCAAAUCCAAAGGCAGGUCUGUCCCCGGAGACGCUGGAGAAAGCCCGGCUGGAGCUGAAUGAGAACCCGGAUACCCUGCACCAGGACAUCCAGGAGGUGCGGGACAUGGUGAUCACUCGGCCGGACAUUGGCUUCCUCCGCACAGAUGAUGCCUUCAUUCUGCGUUUCUUGAGAGCCAGGAAAUUUCAGCACUUCGAGGCAUUCCGUCUGCUGGCCCAGUACUUUGAGUACCGGCAGCAGAACCUGGACAUGUUCAAGAGCUUCAAGGCCACUGACCCCGGCAUCAAGCAGGCACUGAAGGACGGCUUCCCUGGCGGGCUGGCCAACCUUGACCACUACGGACGGAAGAUCUUGGUCCUGUUCGCUGCCAACUGGGACCAGAGCAGGUACACACUGGUGGAUAUUUUGCGUGCCAUACUUCUUUCUUUAGAAGCCAUGAUUGAAGAUCCUGAACUUCAGGUGAAUGGAUUUGUUUUGAUUAUAGACUGGAGCAACUUCACCUUCAAGCAGGCCUCCAAACUCACACCAAGCAUGCUGAGAUUAGCCAUAGAGGGCCUUCAGGACAGUUUUCCAGCUCGGUUUGGAGGAAUUCAUUUUGUCAAUCAACCAUGGUAUAUCCAUGCCCUCUACACAGUUAUACGGCCCUUUUUAAAGGAGAAGACGCGGAAGAGGAUAUUUCUGCAUGGUAAUAAUCUCAACAGUCUGCAUCAGCUAAUUCAUCCUGAGAUCCUACCUUCUGAGUUUGGAGGGAUGCUGCCACCCUAUGACAUGGGCACAUGGGCGAGAACUCUGCUAGACCACGAGUAUGAUGAUGACAGCGAAUACAGUGUGGACUCCUACAGCACUCCUGCAAAAGAACUAGAAAAGGAUCUCUCUCCCAAAUCCAUGAAGAGAUCUCAGUCAGUCGUGGAUCCCGGGGUGCAAAAACGCCUGGAUAAAAAUGAGGAGGAAAACAUGCAGCCUCUGCUUUCACUGGACUAACAGUUUCUGAGCAUCGAAUGUGAAGUGGGGUGGAAGGUACUGCUUUUCAGCAGCAAGCAAACCGUUGGAAAGGCAUGUACCAGCUGAAAUUCUAUUUAUUCAUGUUAAUGUAGCAUAAUGUAAUCAGGCAGCAAGUUAUGCUAGUCUGCCUGAAACAUGGGUGCCCUGGGUUGAAAAAAAAAUCAAUUUAUUCUGUAAGUGCCAACUUGUUUGUAAAUAUAAUGUAAUCUUCCACUUUGAAUUUGUAAGUUAUGGUAGACAAGUAAUAUGGAAAAGUGAUUAUUAAAAUUUGUCUGUGAAAAGCACUGUAAAAAGGGAACACACACACACACAAACAUUGUUAAUUAAGUUUUGUCUUGUCUAUAGGAAGCUGUCUUGCAGCUAUCAUAUUGACUACUUUUUUUCCCCUGUCAUGCUCAUGCAGCAUUCAAAGAUAGAGCGAAUAUAAGAACUUGGCGAUAAGGAAAACCACACUGGUUACAACACUAUCUACAGGAAUUAAUUUCACCAAUAACCUUGUGGUUUUGGGUGGUGACUUGGGAUAAGUCAUGCAUUAUAGGGGAAAAGAGGUAACAGAUGAGCAGGGAACAAAUGCCUGUAUGGAUUUGUGAGCUUUCGUUCUGUUUAGUUUCAAGAGAAGUUUGGGGGUUUGGAAGCUGCUUGGCUUAUUUGCCUAAUUUGAGCCUUUCAGUGUGUGCCAUAUUAAUCCUUCUGUUGCAUAUUGUGUUCACUUCAAGAAUUUUUCCAGAACAUUCUCCUCUUUGGAGUGAAAAAAAUAUUCAUCCCAAUGCAGUGUAAUAACUAGUAUUUUGAACUGCAGCUGUAGGCUCAGGGUUAAUUAUGAAAUCCUGUGCACUCGGUGACUGAAUACAUAUAUAUUUUUACCAAUCUCUAACAAACAUAUAAAGUGGCAUUGUUAGACAAGUAUAUUUAAUCAAGGGUUUAUAAAAAUAAAUCAUACCUAUUCAAUGUACUUAGAGAUAUUAUAGAUUGUAUAUUGAGACAAUGUGACAUUAACAUAUUAGAACUUUAUGUACAGCAUCCAACAUCAAGCACGGACUAAUAUGAAUGAGGCAUAGUCAAGCCACUCAGC